AUGUCAUAUACUAAAACUCAAGAAAUCUCACGAAAAAGAUUAAGAACUCAACAUGCACAACCACAAACUUUGAAAAAAAUUAAAACUUCAAGUUCUACUCCAGCAAAACCAGAAAUAAUUCAAACUAUUUCUGAAAUCACUUUUAAUAAAAGAUCACAAUCAGUAUUAUCAUUGACACAAUUGAGUGAACCAUUAAAAAUUCAAUCAGAAUAUCCAAUUCCAGAAUUAAAUGAAUAUGAAAUAUUAGUAUCAAAUAAAGCAAUUGGUUUAAAUCCAAUAGAUUGGAAAGGUAAAAAAUAUGGAUUUGUAACUCAUGUUCCAAGAAUUGAUGGUAGAGAAUCAUCAGGAGAAAUUGUUAAAUUAGGUAAUAAAGUUAAAAAUUUUAAAGUUGGCGAUAAAGUAAUUGUAAGUUCUACAAGUUAUAGAGAUAAUAGAACUUCAACGUUUCAACAAUUUACAGCUAUUGAUUCAAGAUUAGUUUGGAAAUUACCUGAUAAUUUUUCAUUUGAAGAUGGUGCUACUAUUGGUGUUGGAUUAGUUACUGCUGGUAUUUUAUUAUAUAAUUCUUUUGGAUUUGAAUUAAAUUUAGAACCAAAAGUUAAAAUAAAUGAAACAAUUUUGAUUUGGGGUGGUGCUACUAUAGUUGGAAUAUAUCUUGCACAAUUAGCCAAACUACAUGGAUUAAAAGUGAUAUCUAUAGCAAGUACCACUCAUGAAAAAUAUCUUAAAAAUAUUGGGGUUGAUCAUUUAAUAAAUAGACAUCAAUCAGAUGAAGAAAUUUUAAAAAAAAUUGAAGAAGGUUUAAAUGGUGGUAGUAUAAAUUAUUCAGUUGAUUGUGUAUCCAAAGAAACAGCUCAAAAAGUAUUGGACAUACUUGAGAAAAUAAAUAAACCUACAGAUAACAAGACAAAAUUUUCAGGAAUAGUUGGAGUACCCAAACAAAUCCCAGAUUCAAUUGAAUUAAAAGAAGUAAUAAUCAAAAGAUUUCACGAAGAUAAAGAAUUUGGAUCAAGUUUUAUUAAAAUAACAUCUACAUUUUUAAAAGAAUCAAAAAUUAAACCAACAAGAUAUAAACAAUAUAAAGGUGGAUUAGAAAUUAUUGAUGAUGCAUUAAAUGAUUUGGAAAAAAACGGUGCAAAUGGUGAAAAAUACGUAGUUAGUAUUAAUUAA